AUGCCAUCUCCACAUACUGGUAUUGCAUUGUCUGAAAAACUUUAUGCAUUAUUGUUGCAAGAGGGGUUGAAAGAUAUUGAUUCAGUGGUUAAAAAGAUUCGUGAGAGUGUGAAGUAUGUAAGAAGGUCACAAAUUAGAAAGAAGAAGUUUUUCGAGUGUGUAAAUCUUGUGGGUCUUGAUUCUAAGAGAGGUUUAAGGCAAGAUGUACCUACAAGAUGGAACUCAACAUUCCUCAUGCUUGACAGUGUCUUGUAUUAUCGACGAGCAUUUUGUCAUUUAGAAUUGAGUGAUUCUAAUUACAAGGACUGUCCUGAUCCAUAUGAAUGGGAAAAGGCCGAGAAAAUUUGUGAAUUUUUAGAACCCUUUUAUAAUAUCACUUGUAUUUUUUCGGGAGCUAAAUACCCCACUGUAAACUUGUAUUUUCCAACUGUGUACACGAGUUAUUUGUCCUUGAUGAAAUCUGAGAGAAGUGAAGAUGCAUAUUUGUCUGCUAUGGCAAAAGCAAUGCUUACCAAGUUUGAGAAGUAUUGGAAAGAUUUCAGUUUGAUAUUGACAAUUGCGAUAGUGCUUGAUCCUCGUUACAAGUUGAAUUUUGUAGAUUAUGCUUAUGGCAAUGUUUAUGGAAUGAAAGGGUCACCUCAAUUUUUAGAAGUUAAGAGAAAUUUAGACUUGUUGUUUACUGAAUACUCUAAGAGCAAGGUUUCUACAAUAAAUGUUGUGACUUCACUUCCUACUCCUAAUGCUAAAAACCCAGCACAAAAGUUUUUACAGAGGCAAACCAAAGUAUUGAAGGAGUUCAACAACUUUGAAAGUCAAGAGCAAACUGUUAUGCAGAAAUCAGAGUUAGACGUUUAUUUGGAUGAGCCAAGAGUAUAA